AUGGACGUCGACAGCGCAGCGCCGGACGAGGAAGCCGAGGACCUGUACACAAAACUGAAGACCCUGCAGAGAGAGCUGGAGUUUUUGGAGAUUCAGGAGGGUUACAUCAAGGAGGAGCAGCGCAACCUGAAGCGUGAGCUGCUGAGGGCGCAGGAAGAAGUGAAGAGGAUCCAGUCUGUGCCCUUGGUGAUCGGCCAGUUCUUGGAGAUGGUGGACGCAAACACGGGGAUCGUGGGGUCAACGACGGGCUCUAACUACUACGUCCGUGUGCUCAGCACGCUCAACAGGGAGCUCCUGAAACCGUCUGCAUCCGUGGCUCUGCACCGUCAUUCCAACGCUCUUGUCGACCUGCUACCGCCCGAAGCGGACUCGAGCAUCUCCAUGCUGUCAGAUGCAGAAAAGCCAGAUGUGUCGUACCAGGACAUCGGUGGCCUGGACAUUCAAAAGCAGGAAAUUCGAGAAGCUGUUGAGCUGCCGCUCACCCACCAGGACCUAUAUCAGCAGAUCGGCAUCGAUCCCCCACGCGGCGUCCUUCUGUAUGGCCCGCCGGGCACAGGAAAAACGAUGCUAGCGAAAGCUGUUGCACACCACACCACUGCUGCAUUCAUCAGGGUGGUGGGGUCAGAGUUUGUGCAGAAAUACUUGGGCGAGGGACCUAGGAUGGUGCGCGACGUGUUCAGGCUGGCCAAAGAGCACUCACCCGCAAUCAUAUUCAUUGAUGAGGUGGAUGCCAUUGCGACUGCCCGUUUUGACGCACAGACUGGGGCUGACCGAGAGGUGCAACGCAUCUUGAUGGAGCUGCUCAACCAGAUGGACGGCUUUGAUCAGAACACGAACGUGAAGGUUAUAAUGGCCACCAACCGCCACGACACAUUGGACCCUGCGCUCCUGCGCCCUGGCCGACUGGACAGAAAGAUCGAAUUUCCCAUGCCAGACAGGCGGGAAAAGAGGUUGAUAUUCCAGGUUUGCACAAACAAGAUGAACCUGAGUGAUGAAGUGGACUUGGAGGACUAUGUAUCCCGGCCAGACAAGAUCAGUGCAGCUGACAUUGCCUCGAUUACUCAGGAGGCAGGGAUGCAUGCCGUCAGGAAAAACAGGUACGUCAUUCUGCCCAAGGACAUCGACAAGGGCUACAAGGCCAACGUCAAGGGGUCCGAUACAGAAUUCGCCUUCUACCAGUGA